CGUCGCUCAACAAUUUGAAGUUAAACCAUUUCAGCAUUAGUUAUGCAAGCACUAUUUAUUCUUCGCAUCAUUUAUAUUUUUAAGAAGCAGAGAUUUGCUAGCUUGUAAGUAAACUAAAGCAUACCAGGCCUUACAUUCUUUUUGUCCUUUUAUUCAUUUUUUUUUUCAAUAUGUUAGAGUGAAAAAACGUUGAACCAACCAGUUUAUGUGUUUUAAAUGUCGGUCAUUCGGCUGGAACAACACGAGUGAAGUGGAAUUAAUCCAAAAGCCGAAGUCAUCAGCUGACAUUUGAUUUAUCAGUUACGCAACGAAAACGCUGCUUUUUUACUUCUUAGAACACUUGUUAAAAUUUAUGUUGGUGCUCUUUUUUUACCACUUGUCUUUAUUUUGUUUCUUCUGAUUCAUCUAAUGCUACUGUUGCAUAAAUGGAGACUUAAAAAUUACUAUGAACACGCGUAGGUUUUGCCGCAAGAACGCAACCGCAAUUCAAUUUGCUAUUUUGUUUUGUCUCCUUUUUUACUUGAUUUACCACUUGAAAAAUAUCAAAAUUAAAAAAGACUUGAAAUAUGGACAGACGAUUAAGCACAACCAGAACCCAUCAGAGGACAAUGUUUACAAAAACAUUGAAAACGGUCCUGGUGACGGUGAAAAGAAGGGUAGAGGUCAUAUAAGGACAGAUUUUGGGCUGUUCACGCUGCCAGAGAGAAUCCAGAUGUCGACAGAUUACAUCUUAAGGCAAAUCAAAUCAGACAAUAGUUUCAUAUACAGAGUCAACAUGAACAAAAAUGUGCAUAUCUCUGAGAGCUAUAACUUAUUACGUCACGCAGGGACAAUCUACUCGCUAGCAACAAUCAACGAAGAGUUCCCCAGUACUUCAUUAGAAGAUGCAAUCACCAAGACUGCCUCUUGGCUCAUCUCCCGUUUGGAGCCAGUGAAAAACAAUGACAACGUACUGGCCGUGUGGUCUAAGUACCCCGAGACUAAAAUGGACGACCAGGAGGCCAAAUUGGGAGGAGCCGGGUUGUCUCUGGUUGCCUUUACGAAAGCCCAAAAAAUAUCCCAAAGUUUAAUUUCUGUUGAAACUAUGGAAAAAAUAGCAGCUUUUAUUGAAUCUAUGCAAAAACCGAGCGGACAGUUUAGUUCAAAGUUGGAUAAAAACUCAGCCGUAACGAGUUUCAUCUCGUUGUAUUACCCAGGAGAGGCGUGUUUGGGUUUGACGAUGUUUCACCAGUUGACUCGCGAGGAAAAAUGGUUCACAGUGGCCCUGAAGGCCAUGAAGUAUCUGGCGUCGCAGCGGGAGAGUCAAGCAGUGGGUGAGGUGUUGCCAGACCAUUGGGCUCUUAUUGCGACCAGAGAACUGCUCAAGUCCGAUCUACUAAGACCCGUGGACCGAGAUAUGCUGAUUAAACAUGCACUCAAGGUAUCGACUAAACUGAUAUCGGAGCAGAAAAGGAUGCCUGGGGAAGGGAGGGUGAAGUUCUCGUUCGACUCCAAUGGAGGCCUCAGUCCCACCUGCACACGUCUCGAAGGUCUCCUCGCUAUCAUGCAUCAGGUGGCGUUGAUAAUUUAUUUUUGA